AUGUCACAGGGUAGAAAGGCUUCAGAAAGGUUGGCUGGUAAAACUGUAUUAAUUACAGGUGCUUCAUCAGGGAUUGGGAAAGCCACUGCAUUAGAAUAUCUAGAUGCCUCCAAUGGUCAUAUGAAGUUAAUUUUAGUUGCAAGAAGAUUAGAAAAAUUGCAAGAGUUGAAGGAAACAAUUUGUAAAGAAUAUCCAGAAUCUAAGGUUCAUGUUGAAGAAUUAGAUAUUUCUGAUAUUAAUAGAAUCCCAGAAUUUAUUGCAAAAUUACCUGAAGAAUUCAAAGAUAUUGAUAUAUUGAUUAACAAUGCAGGUAAAGCAUUAGGAAGUGAUACUAUUGGUAAUAUCGAGAAUGAGGAUAUUAAAGGUAUGUUUGAGACUAACGUUUUUGGAUUAAUCUGUUUAACACAAGCUGUACUUCCAAUAUUCAAGGCUAAAAAUGGUGGUGAUAUUGUCAAUUUAGGGUCAAUUGCAGGCAUAGAAGCUUACCCAACAGGAUCUAUAUAUUGUGCAACUAAAUUUGCAGUUAAAGCAUUCACUGAAAGUUUAAGAAAGGAAUUGAUUAAUACAAAGAUCAGAGUUAUUGAAAUUGCACCAGGUAUGGUUAACACUGAAUUUUCUGUAAUUAGAUAUAAAGGUGACCAAGAAAAGGCAGAUAAAGUUUAUGAAAACACUACUCCUUUAUAUGCAGAUGACAUCGCUGAUUUGAUAGUUUACACCACUUCUAGAAAAUCGAAUACCGUUAUCGCUGAUGUUUUGGUAUUCCCAACAUGCCAAGCUUCUGCAUCCCAUAUCUAUCGUGGAUAA